UUAUGGACUGGCUGCCAUACAUGUAGAGAUGCUGAUUUAAGAAUUUUUUUUUUAAUGUUUUACAGCUGGAGCUUCCUCCUCCUCCUCCUCCUCCUCCUCCUAUCGGUCUCUGAUCGAACCAGAGCUUCAGAAAAUGGAGACUAAACUGAAACAGGUGAUUAGGUUGCUGAUGGUUCUGAUCCGCAGUAACCGCGGGAAGUCACGCGCUGUCGGUAAAGGCGGGUUACUGGUGCUGCUGUCCACACAGCUCACACCGCCGACAUACACCGUUGCAGCUGCCGGUCCCUGGUGUUCCAAAGUGGCUAAGAAAAACAUUAAGAAAGAGGCUGCAGACAGACUUUCCUCCUUUGUCUCUCUUUGUAUCUGCCCUUACCCUGAAGAGCUCUGCAAGUUUUCAGAUAACUUUGGGCCUUUACGCUUUGCACAUUCAUUCCAGGUAGAACAGAACUGCCAAGAAUUGGAGAUUAAGAGAUUUCUUCAUAGAUUCAGUCUGGUUCAUGCUCAGAUUACAGUUAUCUUCAAAGUAAGGAAUAAAGAACAAACAAACCAGCAAGUAUUCAGUGUCAAGAGUACAUAUUCCAUGGUGGGUCGCUCCAUUGCCAUGGACAGUACCGCAUUCGGACAGACUCCGUUCUCUGUGAGGUCUCUCCCUUCAUGUAGCCGGAUGCACCCAGUUUUAGGGGAGACACUCCCUCUCUUACUUUCUUCUGAAGCUGUGGAGGCCGAGUUGUGUGGGGAGGUGAGCAUCGCUACCAUGGCUGUGCUCGGACCCUGCAUGAAGCAGUACCCCAACUGGCCAACUCGCAUCUCACACAUAUGCUUGUUAGUGUAUAGUCCCAGCGGCGUUCCUCUAAUGCGAGGAGAGAGUGAGCUACAGCUGAGCUUCCUCCAGAGCCUGGCUGACUCUAUGCCCUGGGGAGAGCUGGGCCUGCCUCAAGUCCACUGUAGUCAAACACACACUGCUCAUGGCAAUCUGUGCGCUGAAGUGGAGUUCUCAAUAAACAACGAUCACAGUGAGGAACCUAAGCCUGAAUGCAGCCGGGCAGUGAGUCAGGAUGUGAAGCUGGAACAGAGUCGUCCUGUGGAGCAAACACUCACCAUGUUCCUUUUCAUCCAGCAUAAUGACCCCUUUAACCCCCAGCUAUCUGACUUGAUAACAAGUGAAGAGACUUUAGAGACGCACUUGGACAUGGUGCUGUGGUACAAUGGAGAGAAAGUGAGGUCAGCACUGCAGUCUCUACUGGAAAAUACCCUCAAGAAAUACCUUAAAAGAAAUAAGUCCAGUGAAACGUUUCAGUCGGCCAUGUCGGUGAUCUUGAGCUCUGUGAACAGUAUUGUGAGCGGCAGUAGCAGCAUGGAGUUUCGCUCUGCCUGUCUAAAUAGUAUGAAGGUACAGAACACCCACGAUAUGUCUAUAUCCUUGCAUCAAACUCUCCAGAGAGUCAUUAAUGGCCGUUUUACUUCCCAUCCCAGGUGCACAGCUGAAAAGGCUGAAGAAGAAGCUGUUUCUGAACAGAAUAGCACUGAGACUUGUGUAGAGGGACUGCCUGGCAAGAGGGCUCACAGAGAUCAGGAGCAGUCUCCAUUACUCUCAAAGAGACAGUGUCCAGAGACCAGUGUGGGGGAUUCAGAAGCCUCUGCGAGCAGUUUGUGGGAGACUCUGCCGAGCCCGAUGACGUCCCUGUUCUGUGCACCGCUAUCUGAGGGACUGGGUGAAGAAAAGGGUUUAGCAGGAUCUUCAUCUGGCUCCCUAUAUACUACUGAAAUAAAAAACCAAGAGGUGAAGAGCAAGUUAGGAUUAAGGAUUGUCAGGUUCCAGCGGUGUUCUUACAGACUUGCCACAGCGAGGAUGUUCUCCUGCCUGGCACAUCAGCCAUGGCGGACUUUGUGCAGGAUUUACCUGAACCAGCAAGCUCACCUGAGCUCACGGCCAUGUUAUGGCUGGCAAAGCAGAUGUAAAGGCCACAGUCUGUGGUUUAGGUUCCCUGACCCCAGAGGAGCUUCUAUAGCCUGGGCACAGGUUCAGUACUUUUCUACUGCCGGCAGCAGUAAAGAUGGACCACCAACAGAAUCAGGACAAACUGGGACAAAACAGACCACAGACGAAGUGCUCGCUGCUCAGCCCUCCAAAGAGUCGGCUGGAUCUAAACCUCUGAGUCUGUCAAAAGCAGAGAGUAUACAAGUAAAAGUGCGAGCGGUGCUGAAGAAGCGGGAAUACGGUACCAAAUACACUCAGAACAAUUUCAUCACUGCUGUCAGGGCCAUGAACGAGUUCUGCCUCAAACCAAAUGACCUGGAGAAACUGAGGAAGAUCCGUCGACGGAGUCCUCACGAUGACACAGAGGCGUUCACGGUCUUCUUACGCUCAGACGUUGAGACCAAGGCUCUGGAAGUUUGGGGCAGUAUGGAGGCCCUUGCUCGAGAGAGGAAUCUCAGGAAGGAGGUGGAGCAACUGUACCAAGACAAUAUAUUCCGCAAUCAGCAGUUGUUAAAGGAGUACAAGGAUUUCUGGGGAAACACAAAACCUCGAUCAGGCAAAAGGGCUACUUUCCUCCAGGGGCCAGGAAAGGUGGUGAUGGUAGCUAUAUGCAUAAACGGACUGAAUUUCUUUUUCAAACUUCUGGCGUGGGUUUAUACUGGAUCAGCCAGCAUGUUCUCAGAGGCCAUCCAUUCCCUGGCAGAUACCUGUAACCAGGCUCUUCUUGCACUGGGAAUAAGUCAGUCUGUGCGUAACCCUGACCCUGGCCACCCGUACGGCUUUUCCAACAUGCGCUACAUCGCCUCCCUCAUCAGCGGAGUGGGCAUUUUCAUGAUGGGUGCCGGCCUGUCCUGGUACCACGGCAUUAUGGGACUUAUGCACCCUCACCCAAUAGAUUCGCUGCUCUGGGCAUACUGUAUUUUAGCUGGAUCUCUAGUUUCAGAAGGAGCAACACUCCUGGUGGCCAUUAAUGAAAUCAAGAAGAGUUCUCUUAAGCAAGGACUCUCGUUCUAUGAAUAUGUAAUGCAAAGUCAUGACCCCAGUACGAAUGUGGUCCUGCUGGAGGAUGCUGCAGCUGUUCUGGGUGUGGUGAUUGCUGCAGGCUGUAUGGGUCUGACCUCACUGACAGGUAACCCUUAUUAUGACAGUCUUGGUUCCCUGGGUGUAGGCACUUUGCUGGGAACUGUCUCAGCCUUCCUUAUCUACACCAAUACGGAGGCUCUGUUGGGUCGUUCCAUCCAGGCCGAGCAUGUGCAGAAGCUCACAGAGUUCCUGGAGAACGACCCUGCUGUCAGAGCGAUUCAUGACGUGAAGGCCACCGAUAUGGGACUGAAUAAAGUGCGCUUCAAGGCUGAGGUGGACUUUGAUGGACGGGUAGUUACACGGUCCUAUUUGGAAAAGCAGGACAUUGAUCAGAUCCUAAACGACAUUCAGCAGGUGAAAACUCCUGAGGAGUUGGAGGCCUUUAUGUUGAAGCAUGGGGAGAACAUUAUCGACACCCUGGGGGCAGAGGUGGACCGUCUGGAGAAAGAGCUCAAGCAACGCAAUCCGGAAGUGCGGCACGUUGAUCUGGAGAUCCUGUGAGGCCGGAGAGGAGCACAGCGUCUGUGCGGCAGAGAAGAAGCCGGCCAAGUUUAAGGAGGUUUAGUUGGUUCUUCACCUCUACUGAACCAGCUCUAACCAACCAUCCAGAUGAAGUCUUACUUUCCAUCAGUACCCCAUCAUUGUAGCGCUCGCUCAAUUCCCAUGUUUGAUACUUCUGUAAGCUAGCAGUGCAGAAGGUGUUCCGUCAGGUCCAAAAGAGUUUAUACACUAGACCCAGUAAGCUUACACUCCUGAAGUCGACUCGUGUUUUAAUGUAGUAAUGCUGAUGUAGGAACGCUUUCAUAUCUUUAUAAAUUGUGUUAAGUUGGAAAUGAAAACCAUGAGCUGCUCCUUAAACAGCAUUCUGAGCUGAUGCAUAAAGAGAUUAAGCAGGUUUUUGGUUUAAGCUCACCAGGUGUCUGAUGAAUUUCAUUUGUAGACCAAGUUAACUCCUUUCAACAGGUCAGGUACCCUCCAAUGGGGGGAAAAUUCUGCUUAUUCCACAAGUGUUUUAAUCCCUGUACAAGUAAGUAUAGAAUACAAGGAUGAGUGAUGCUAUAUAGGUUGGGAUACUCUCAGAAAUGUUUUUGACAAAAAACCCUUAGGCUUUUUUUUUGAUGAUUAUAAUAAUAUAGAUUAUAUAAUAUAUAAAAUAAAUUUUCCCCUCAAGUUAUGAGUAACUGAAGGUGCUUAAUUGUAUUUUGUCAUCUCACUGAAUGAAAUGUAUGGGUUAAUUUAAUAAUGAUAAUAUAUUAAGUCACAUAUUGUGACAGUAUAUUGAGAUGAUAUGCUUGAUUCUAAAAUAGUCAAGUUUAUGGGAAGGUUUUUUUUUAAAACUCUGACAGGUAUUCACUGUAAAUCUUUCUUGAGUUCAUUGUAUGAUGAAUGAGAUUAAGGGUAUGGAAGUAACAGUACAUCAACCUUGACAGUAAGAGAGCUAAUAUAAGUUGAAUGGUAGAGGAUCAGAGAUGGGUUCAUCACAAAAGAUGACCGCCCAAGCUGUCGUGGCUGACCUUUUAGUGUAAACUACCUUAUAAUGCAAACUGCCACAUAGCAAAAGUUCAUGAAGUUAGAUUCCAACACAUUACAUCCCUAAGGAUUCACUGUUAUAUAUUUGAUUACCCCUUCUUAUAACACUGAUUGAGAAAUGUCUGGUAAAGAAUCCAAGUGCUGUGAUUACUUUGACUGUUUUCUUUAGUUCUGUACAGAACAGGUUUUGCUCUUCAUCUACAUCCUCUUCCUCUGCUAACAACAUUAGCACACAGCUAACACCGUAUCAGUCUAAACAGCUUAGUGGUUCGAAUUUAAUGUUAUGAACAGGGAGGCGAAAAGGGUUUGGGUUUACCAACAUCAAGUAAAAAUGAAUAAUCACAGAUUGGUGAGAGAAGUGACAUUUCGGCAGUUAAGAUUCUGAGCUAAUAAUAAGAAGGGCAUGGGUUCAAAUCCCAGGGCUGCUAGAGGUGCUCAGCUUUAUGCUUGGACUGUAUCCUGUCACUGAUAAGUGACUGGAUAAAAUUCUGCUUCUGCAAAGUGAAUAAAUGUCAUUGUUUAAAUAAACCAUCCUUUGUUACUUACUACUAAUACAGAGGUUCUUUGAAAUAGUAUCUCUACACCAUGUCUAUAGCGGAUAUGAGAUUACAACAGACAUGUUUCUGUGUCUUGAGCAAUAAACAGAGAGCCAUUUAAUUGAAACUCACAAUGGAAGCAAUUUUUUUUAAUUCUGUGAAUAAAUAUUUAUAAUGCAGGACUAUAUAAUUCAAUUCUACCACCGUGGUUUAGUGGUUAGCACAUUUCACAUUCACAAUUACCUCUGUGGUUGGGGGUUUGAAUCCUGCCUCCGCCCUGUGUGCACGGAGCUUGUAUGUUCUCCCAUUGGGGGCUUUCUGUGGGUACUCCAGUUUCCUCUCCCAGACCAGAGUCAUGCGUAGUAGCUUGAUUGGCAUCUCUUAAAUAAAUAAAUAAAUAAAUUUAAAUUGUUCGUAGUGGGUAUGUGUGGUUGUGCCCUGCAAUGGGUUGGUGCCCUGCAAUGGGUUGGUCCCCUGUCCAGAGUGUCCCCCGCCUUGUGCCUGUGUCCCCUGGGAUAGGCUCCAGACUCCCCCAUGACCCUGUGCAGGAUAAGCAGUACAGAAAAUGGAUGGAUAGAUUUGACAUGUUUUUAAUACAGAAUAUCUUUCCAUCUGAAAAAGCAUCUCUGAAAGAAAGUACGGUGCAUCCGGAAAGUAUUCACAGCGCUUCACUUUUUCCACAUUUUGUUAUGUUACAGCCUUAUUCCAAAAUGGAUUAAAUUAAUUAUUUUCCUCAAAAUUCUACAAACAGUGCCCCAUAAUGACAAUGUGAAAGAAGUUUGUUUGAAAUCUUUGCAAAUUUAUUAAAAAUAAAAAACAAAAAAAGCACAUGUACAUAAGUAUUCACAGCCUUUGCUCAAUACUUUGUUGAAGCCCCUUUGGCACCAAUUACAGCCUCAAGUCUUUUUGAGUAUGAUGCUACAAGCUUGGCACACCUAUUUUUGGGCAGUUUCUCCCAUCCUUCUUUGCAGGACCUCUGAAGCUUCAUCAGGUUGGAUGCGGAGCAUCGGUGCACAGCCAUUUUCAGAUCUCUCCAGAGAUGUUCAAUCGGGUUCAAGUCUGGGCUCUGGCUGGGCCACUCAAAGACAUUCACAGAGUUGUCCUGUAGGCACUCCUUUGUUAUCUUGGCUGUGUGCUUAGGGUCGUUGUCCUGUUGGAAGAUGAACCUUCGCCCCAGUCUGAGGUCCAGAGCGCUCUGGAGCAGGUUUUCAUCAAGGAUGUCUCUGUACAUUCCUGCAUUCAUCUUUCCCUUGAUCCUGACUAGUCUCCCAGUUCCUGCCGCUGAAAAACAUCCCCACAGCAUGAUGCUGCCACCACCAUGCUUCACUGUAGGGAUGAUAUUAGCCAUUGAUGAGUGGUGCUGGUUUCCUCCAGACAUGAUGCUUGCCAUUCAAUCUUUCAUUUCUCAUGGUCUGAGAGUCCUUCAGGUGCCUUUUGGCAAACUCCAAGUGGGUGGUCAUAUGCCUUUUACUGAGGAGUGGCUUCCAUCUGGCCACUCUACCAUACAGGCCUGAUUGGUGGAGUGCUGCAGAGAUGGUUGUUCUUCUGGAAGAUUCUCCCCUCUCCAAAGAGACAUGCUGGAGCUCUGUCAGAGUGACCAUCAGGUUUUUGGUCACCUCCCUGACUAAGGCCCUUCUCCCCCGACCGCUGAGUUUGGCCAGGCGGCCAGCUCUAGGAAGAGUCCUGCUGGUUCCAGACCUCUUCCAUUUACAGAUGAUGGAGGCCACUGUGCUCACUGGGACCUUCAAUGCUGCAGAAAUGUUUCUGUACCCUUCCCCAGAUCUGUGCCUCGAUACAGUCCUGUCUCGGAGGUCUACAGACAGUUCCUUGGACUUCAUGGUUUGGUUUGUGCUCUGACUUGCAUUGUUAACUGUGGGACCUUAUAUAGACAGGUGUGUGCCUUUCCAAAUCAUGUCCAAUCAACUGAAUUUACCACAGGUGGACUCCAAUCAAGUUGUAGAAACAUCUCAAGGAUGAUCCGUGGAAACAGGAUGCACUUGAGCUCAAUUUUCAGUGUCAUGGCAAAGGCUGUGAAUACUUAUGUACGUGUGCUUUUUUUUUGUUUUUUUUUAUUUUUAAUAAGUUUGCAAAGAUUUCAAACAAACUUCUUUCACGUCGUCAUUAUGGGGUAUUGUUUGUAGAAUUUUGAGGAAAAUAAUUAUUUUAAUCCAUUUUGGAAUAAGGCUGUAACAUAACAAAAUGUGUAAAAAGGGAAGCGCUGUGAAUACUCUCCGGCUGCACUGUAAUGUACUGAUCCGCUUACAAAUACUAAAAAUUCAUGAAGUCAUUACUCCUUUAUAGGUGAACUUAAGUAAACUUUUCUGUUCAUUUGUCAGCACAAAGAAAUGUGUGGUAAUCGCCCAUCUGCUGCACUCAGAAUUAAAGGUACCAGGUUGUACUUUUCCUUGUCACUGGGGUGGUAUCUUUUGUACUUUUAGCAUGUAUCCUUUACUUGGAAAGGUGCAUGUGGUGUACCUUUUAAUUAGCUUUAGAGUAAAGUUUUAAAGGUACAUCAGUACUCCUCAAGGUCCAAGUAUAUACUGUAAUUAUUUUUUAAAGAUACACUACCUUACUAUUCACCUUACCAGGUAACAGAUACGUGCUAAACAUACAAAAGAUGUACCCUUGAUGGUACCAGGAAAAUGACAGUUUCUGAGAGGGAAGAAUCUAAUAUUUGUUUGUGAUGUUUUCUUACAAAUAUAGUUGUUUCGUUUUCUCAUAAUAUAAACAAGCUAGUCAGUUAAUUUAUACCACCUGAGAACAUGUCCAGGCAGGUACUAAGGAUGUGGUAAAUUCUGUAAUGCACUAAGGUGCUGUAAAUGUGCUGUUCAUCUUAAUGAACAAAUAGAUCUACUUGUCCUGUGAGUUACAUACCUGACAGCUUGCUUGCAUCUGCAUUAAGGUGAAAACCUCCUUGUGAGAAUUUUUUUGGUGCAUCCUGCAGGAUAGCAAAAUUCUAAUCCUGAUGCCUACAGUAGGUCUAGUCUCAACCAGAUGACCCUUCCAGCUUUCAGUCUGAACUAAAUAAUAUGUUUGUAUUCUGUUACAUCCUUACUGUCUAAGCUAUUUUAAGUAUUUAUGCAUUUCAGAUGCAUUUUGUUAAACCUUUAAAGAAUUGAUUGAAUAAAUUCAUUAAUUUAUGAAACUGUAUUAAGCCGAUUUGUGUUGUUUUGAGGUUUUUUGACCGUUGUUUUGUGUGGAAUAUUUACGCUUAUAUAGGCUAGCUACAUACAGUGUGCGCGGUUUAUUUCUUCUUUAUUCACUUUAUUUCUUAAUUCUUCUUUUUUAACUUCUUCAUUUAAAUUCCUUUCAGAGUUUUAUGUUUAAAUGCUCGUGUUGUUGUCUGAGAGUUGCCAAACUAAAUGUCGAUGUAUUGUAUACAAUGACAAUAAAGCACCUUACCUAUUUGUCCACUCAAACCUCCUUGUGUGAAAUAGACGAGCCUGAAAUGCGCUAACGCCAUUGGUCAGCCGAGUGAGCCCCGAGACCCGUCUUGCAUUCUGAUUGGUUGAGGCCGCCUUCCAUUAAGUAAGCCCACGGGAACUCCAGCCGUCCAUCAAGAGCUUCACGAGCUCCUCACACGGUGUGACGGAUUUCAGCAGCGUCUGAGAGCCGACAUGGACCGAGUGGAAUUUCUCAAAAUGAGGAUUUUAGCGUUAAAUUGUUGUUUUAAUUGUAUAUUUUUUCCGCAGUGUGUAUUCAUUUACGACUGAUUUAAUUAGUGCUUACAGAGGAAUAUCCUAAUUAGAAGCGAGUCGAUCAGGAAUAUAUAUAUUUAUAUAAUAUAUCUGUGGCGCUCAGCGUGAAGAAAGAGAAAGGUAGAUGUACACCGACUGAAUCUGCUGCUGCAUGUCCUCCCUCCAUCACCGACUUCAACUGUAUGUUUUAAGAAAGAAGAAGAAGAAGAAGAAGAAAGAAAAAACCUGGAAAUGACAGCAGUAUCUUCAUUAUUUCCCAGCCCUCCUCUUCUGUCAUGUGGAUAAAUAAUUUCUGGUGCUGUUCUGCUCUGUGCUUUGAGCCUCUUUACAAUGCUGCCUUGUGGCAUCAGUAUCAAGCAGCAUUGUACAGGGCUAUGAGAGCACAGAGACCAAAUACACCACCAUAUUCCGUCCUCCGUCCUCACAGUAUCAAUGUGGUACAUUCUGCUGAGAGAUCAACCAUCGGCUCUGGGAUCCAUCCUGAACUGUGCAGCCAACAAGGAAAGACACCUUCUAAUUUGGGAUAUUUUAUAUAUGUGUGUGUGUGAUUUUGAGCCUUAUGUCACUUUGCAAUGUAAUCUAUAGGCUAUUUGAUGCAUCAACAUCCAGUGUGGUUUGUAAUCAUCUGAACAUGGAUCCAGCUCUCAGCUUUGUGCUCCAUCUUGUUGGAUUUUGACUGGUUCUAUAUACAGGCUAUAUAAAGACUAUAUAUAGCCUUUUAAUAUGUAGCAUCCUCAUUUUGUUUUUGUUUUUUUUUAAUCUAAAAGGACUAAUUAUCAUCAAAAUGUUAUUCUUGAUUGCAAAUUACAAUCAAAAGUCAUGACCAGAUCCUUGUUUUAGUCUGUAAUGCAGCCAUGUUCCAAUUUCUUGCUUUUAGUCUUGACUCCAGAUAUUAAAAUAUAUGUCUACUCACUGAAAUUCA